AUGUCUUGCUACGACCUGGUCUCCAGCUCUGCCUGCAGCAUUGCCCGCCCCCAGCCCCUCGCUGACAGCUGCAAUGAGCCAUGUGUCCGUCAGUGCCCUGAUACCACUACUGUGAUCCAGCCACCUCCAGUGGUCGUCACCUUGCCUGGCCCCAUCCUCAGCUCUUUCCCCCAGGAUUCAGUUGUGGGAUCCUCUGGAGCACCCUUCAUUGGGGGCUAUGGUGGCCUGGGAGGCUAUGGAGGUCUCUAUGGCUAUGGGGGCUAUGGCUCCCUGGGCUACAGUGGUCUGUAUGGCUAUGGGGGCUCUCUGGGUUACAGGGGCCUGUAUGGUUAUGGUAGAUCCUAUGGGUCUGGCUCAGGUACCGCCGUGGCAGCUGCAGCCCCUGCUAAAUCCUACUGA